AGAGGGGUGGAGGACACUGAGGCAGGAGGUCAGUGGAGGGAUUGGCAGAGAGGGGUGGAGGACACUGAAUGAGGCCAGUGGAGGGAUUGGCAGAGAGGGGUGGAGGACACUGAAUGGAGGGUCGGUGGAGGUCUUGGCAGAGAAAGGUGGAGGACACUUUGAAUGGAGGCCAGUGGAGGGAUUGGCAGAGAUGGUUGAAGGACACUGAAUGGAGGCCAGUGGAGGGAUUGACAGAGAGGGGUGGAGGACACUGAAUGGAGGCCAGUGGAGGGAAUUGGCAGAGAGGGGUGGAGGACACUGAAUGGGGAAGUCAGUGGAGGGAUUGGCAGAGAGGGGUGGAGGACACUGAAAGGAGAAGCCAGUGGAGGGAUUGGCAGAGAGGGGUGGAGGACACUAAUGCGAGGCCAGUGGAGGGAUUGGCAGAGAGGUUGGAGGACACUGAAUGGAGGCCAGCGGAGGGAUUGGCAGAGGGGGGUGGAGGACACUGAGCGGUUCCAGUCAUGAUGGACUGGAGGACAUGAGUCCAAGGUGGGGAAGAGCUACCGAGUACAGCGAGCGAUGUGUCU